UUUCAUAUUCACUUGUAAUUGUGAUUCGUAGGAAGUAAGAUCUCUAGUAGUGUAAAAUAUAUAUAUCUAAAAAUAAAAUAGUGUAAUUCAAUUUCAAAUCGGAACCCUUCUAAAAAACCCGCCACCAAUUCCAAUAAAAAAGAAACAAAAAAACAUAAGAAAACAGCAACAACAACAACGAUAACAGCAAGCAAAUCAACCGCACCGUAACGUAACGUCAAUUGUCAACCGUUUAUCGUAAUAAGCAAAUAGCGUAAGCCCUUACGUACCUCCCUCUCGAUUUGCAUGUGUGUGCGUGUGAGACAACAACAAGAACGGCAACUGCGGCUACAAAAGCGAGCAAGACAAAUGCAACAACGAUUUGGAUAAAAGUUGUGCAUAAAGGAAAAAAUUUAGUAAAAUUCAUAGCAAAAAGCUGGAAAAGGCCAAGAAAAGCGAAGCCGUGACGUGACGAGAGAGAGACGUGUUGUGUUAAAAGAGGAUCCAGAGAUAUAGUUAUAUACAUGCAUGUUCGACCGGACUAAGGCGACAAAACAACAACCACAACAACAGCAAUAGCAAUAGCAACAACAACAACUGCAGCGCACACCACUGAGCAAAAGAGAUAGAUAGAGAGAGAGAGAGAGAGAUAAGAAGUCUGCUCUUAGACACGAGAGACGAUAUUUUUUCGGUUUUGCUAGUGCCCAAGCGAUUGGAGGAACAGCCUCAAGAUUCUGCCCUUCGGAGCCAACUUUCGUCUGGAGACGACACCAGCCGAGAUGCACAAGAUCACAGCCGCACCGGCUGCUGCCACAGCGCCCGCCGGCGCCCUCGAGGCGCCACUUGCGGCACCCAAAUACGGCACACUCAUACCCAAUCGCAUCUUUGUGGGCGGCAUAAGCGGCGACACCACCGAGGCGGAUCUGACGCGCGUGUUCAGCGCCUAUGGAACUGUGAAGAGUACAAAGAUCAUUGUGGAUCGCGCUGGCGUCAGCAAGGGCUACGGCUUUGUCACAUUCGAGACGGAGCAGGAGGCGCAAAGACUGCAGGCCGAUGGUGAAUGCGUUGUGCUGCGUGAUCGCAAGCUGAACAUUGCACCGGCUAUCAAGAAGCAGCCCAAUCCGCUGCAAUCGAUUGUGGCCACCAAUGGAGCCGUUUAUUAUACAACCACACCGCCGGCACCGAUUAGCAACAUCCCGAUGGAUCAGUUUGCCGCUGCCGUCUAUCCGCCAGUUACUGACUUUACAGCCGCUGGUGUGCCAGCCAUCUACCCACCUUCAGCCAUGCAAUAUCAGCCAUUCUAUCAGUACUACAGCGUGCCAAUGAAUGUACCCACCAUUUGGCCUCCGAAUUAUCAAGGCAUUUAUCCCUGUUAACUUUGAGGAUGCAGCAACAACUACAACUACAACAACAACCACAACUACGAUAACAAGCGCAACAGCGACAACAACAACAGCAAUAGCAAAUAGUGCUGCUACUAACUACAACAACAACAACAACAAGCACAAACAUGUACUACAACAAAGCAUUAAUAGAAUUUAUACACGGCAGCUGCUGCCCAAAAGAAAAGAAGCGACAGCAACACAAAAUCAUAGAGAAUGAGAGAAGAGGAGCUACUCAAUACACACACACAUAAGCUAGACAAGGAUAGACACACCACCACACACACACACAGCGUAUAAGCAGCUUAUGUUUUCAGUUGAUAGAACAGGCCAAGGGAAGCGUAUUUCGGGGAAAGGGAAAAGGAAAGGGGAAGCGUAUUUGGGGGCUGGAGACUGACAGCUUCAGUCGAAAGAUUUAAUAAUGUGCAAUUAGCGUAGUGGGAAGAAGGGGGUAGAAGUGUUUUUUGGGGGGGAAGGGCAGCAAAAGUUGCAGACAAAAAGAAAAACAAAAUAGAGAAAAAACAGAACAGCAAUUUGUAUAUUUGUGAAAGAGGACUAAAGCAGCAAUAAUAAUGAAAGUCAGCCUAUACAUAUACAUAUAUAUAUAUAUAGUAGUAUAUUAUUUAUUAAAGCAGCAAAGAGAGACUGGAAGAGGAAGAAGAAGAGAAAGCUGCGGAAAGAAUUUUGUAUUGUGGGGUUAAAAAAAAUUGGGGACAGAAAAAAGCGGGCAGCAAAACGAAAAAUUAAAGACAUAAAUUAUGCAUAAAUAUUAAUUUAUAUAAAAACUACAUUACACGCAAACACAAACACACACACAUACACAUACAUAAAUGAUAAACAUAUAAAAAGCAAAAGCAAAUGCAAAAAAAAAAAAAAGAAGCAAACUAAGAAGCAAAAAUCGUAUAGAAACGCAAAAGGAAAACAAAUAAACCGCAGCACAAAGCAUGCGCACACACACACACACACACUACAAACACACACAUACUAAAACAUAUAUAAAUAAAUAUAUAUAUAUAUAUAUAUAUAGAUAUUUAAGUUAAAUAGAAUGAAAUAUAUACAUACUGUAAGCCAAGCAAAAAGAAAGCAAAGCAAAAAGUAAAACUGAAACGAAAUUGUAGGAAUAAAGUAAAAAAAAGAAAAGUAAAUGAAGGAGUAACGAAAUUGAUAAACUAGCAAACUAAGCGGCAAAGUGUAAUGAGAAAGCGAAUAGCGAAAAGAAAGAAAAGGAAGAAGGAAGGCAAACCUAUACAAUAAAGAUAUUCAAAAUAUAUGCUAGCUAAAAGAGCAAAAAGUAUAAAAGUAUAUACAACAAAAAAAAAAAAAAAGAAAGAAAGAAAGAAAAAAAAGCAAACCACACACAUAUACAUAUACAAAUACAUAUAUAUAUAUACAUAUAAUAUAUAUACUAAAUAUACGCCUAGAAAAAAGAGAAUGAAGUGAAGAAAAGUAAAAAGUAAAAAAAUAACUAAAGCAAUACAUAGACACUCAAUAAAAAGUGUGUUACACGAGUAUUUAGCUAAAUACCUACAUAUAAAAAAACCAAAACAAAAAUUACAAAUAACAAAACAAUUAACAAAAUGUACUAAGAAAAUACUGCAAAUAAAAUACUACAAACUAAGCAAAAGGAAAAGUGAGAAGAACGAAAUUAAUAUGAAUAAUGAGACAAACAAAAUCUCCGUUUUGUUUUUCAUGAUUUGUUUUUGAUAUAAAACUCUUUUUUCUGUUACGAGAAUCUAUUGUUAAAUCUUGGCAUACAAACAAAAACUAAAUUAUUUGCGGAUGGAGUGGGAAGGCGAAAAAGAAAGAAAGCAGCGGCAACGAAAAGCGGCAAAAACGAAAUGAAAUUGGUGCAAAAUAGAAAUUAUAUUUGUAAAUUGCAUUUGCCUUAACAGCAAUUAUUUUGGUCACACACCGAGACACGAGAUACACUAACAAAUCAAAAAAAAAAACCCAGCGGUUUCACAAAUUUACCUGCAACAGCAGCAGCCUCCGCUCCGUGCCCCAACACACACACACACACUUGCCACACACAUACAGCAAUCGUUGCCGCUUGCCUCCGCCUGCUCAGCUGCCACGCCUCCGCGGUACAGUUACUUCAAAAACGAAAAAAAAAACUUGUUGACAAAUUUGUAACGUUAAAAACUAAAUUGUUGCAUAGUUAAAAAAAAAGAAGGAAAAAACAAAUUUUUAAAUCGAAUCGUAACAAUAAUUAGACAAAAACCAAAACGAAUGAAAAUAAAAGCAAUAAUUGAAUAAUUUAUAUGCUCUAGUUGAAAACUACACACACACACACACACACACAGACAUGGGAAUGUACUUAAAAGCCAGUCGAGGGAUUUUUCAGUUUAGUUUAAAUUUAAUUGAAAACAGUUUUUGAGCAGAAGUUGUUAGUAGAACCUAAAAAAAAACGCACACAAAUACAUAAACACGUACAGGAUAGCAACUAAAAAAAUCCAAGGCAUAACUUAAGAUAUAUACGUGAUAUUUUGAAAAACAAAAAGCAAAAAUUCAUAAAUAAAUUGUUUAGGUUAAAACCAAUAAAUGAGAAAAAAAAAAACGAAAAGAAGAUAUGUAUAUACAUAUUAUAUACAAAUGGCAUAAUUAUUAUGAACAUUUUUGCUGACAUACAUACAAAAUGAAUAAGAUAAAUGAUAAUUGAUAACGAUAACGAUAAAGUUAAAGAUAACUUGUAAACUGUUUGUAACUCAAUUUAUUGUCUGACUUCGAGGGAAGGUUCUUAAGUUUUUACUGCGCACUGCGCUCAGUAAGCAGAUUGUGUCCCAUCGUCAAAAAAUCUAUUAAGUUUAUACAUGCAUAUAAAGAAAAUAAAUGAAAAUAUAUUAUAUAUACAAUAUAUAUAUAUAUAUAUAGUGAAUAUUUAUAUUGUGUAUACUACCAUAUACAUGCAUAAAUACAAUAUAUAUACAUAUAACGAAAAAGAAAAAUCAACACAAAUUAGUCAAAAAAGGAAUGAAGAAAAAAUAAACAAAAAAAUAAAAAUAAAAGUAAAAAUAUAUAUAUCAUAGCAAAAGGCAUAAACUGUAAGCAUAAGAAAUGGAAAAACAAAAAACAAAUAUAUACAUACAUUAUAUAUAUAUAUUUUAAACUAAAAAUCAACUGAUUAAAACAACACGUUUUUAGUGCUAAGUAAAAAAAACCUACCUACAAAAUAAAAGAAGAAACAAAAAAAAAACGAAAUAAAAAAAUCAGCUCUACAUACACACACAU